AUGGAUAAUUUAGAAAUUGUCUCGAAAACUAAAUGGACUUGGAAUUGGGUUGAUUUGUGUGGAAGUAAUUCGAGUCUAAAUCCUAUAAAUCCUGCUACUAAUGACUUAAGUUUGUGUUUUCAACAAUUAUGUCUACAAGUUCCAACGUUAGCUUUGUUAGCAAUAGUAUCAGCUUAUUACUGCGGAAAAAAAAGUACACCAUACUCGUAUGACAGAAUAUCAUUUUCCCACUAUGCUAUUACCUUGCGAUUGAUGAUAACCUCAUGCCUGAUAGCUCUUCCAAUAAUAAGAGCAUAUAUAAUACUCACCAACACAACAAUAGAUCCAAUAAAUUCUGAUAAUGAUAAAGUGCCAGCAAAUGGUACAUUUCUUCCCAGUAACCAGGCGACGUCAGCAAAACCGAUUGAUUACAUUGUGGCGGGUACUGAAGGACUGGCCUGGGUAGUUCAUUUUAUUUUUAUUCUCACCCUGAAACGAGGACCACGCUUUAGUUUAAGAGGGCCAGUCAUAAUUAGAGCACUCAUAUUUAUGUUGAUCGGUGUUUCUGCAUUACUGCUACGGUCUCAUGUCAAACACCAUGAUGAAGAUGAUGUAUUACCGCAUUUAUCGCUCGGAUUUAGUAUUUGCGUCGUUACUUUGAUGGCUUUGUACGCUUUGACGCUUUUACCAAGUAAAAUUCCUACAGAUCGAUCUACUAGAUACACUGAGAUCGGCGAGCAUACGGCGCUAUUAUCCUCACCCUCUUCUUCAUAUGUUCACUUUCCAAGUGACCAAGAUCCGAAUUAUCUCGGGACUGCUAUGGAAAAUGAAACGUAUUUGUCGAAGCUUUUGUUCUACUGGGUGACACCUUUGAUGGAAAAAGGAGUAAGAGGAUCAUUGAAGCACGCUGAUGAUUUAUACGAUCUUCCUGAAUCAGUUACUACGGCUUCUAUUGUGCAUAGCAUUGAUAAAAAUAUUCGAAAAACGCCUAGAUUAAAAAGAAAUAUUUACGUUGAUAUUGAACAAGAUGAAACAGAACAAGUAGAGUCGUCGAGUAAUAAUAUAUCAUUAUUAAAAUUAUUGCACCAAUGUUUCGGAUGGCAAUUUUAUGCAGUUGGUAUUUUAAAAUUCGUAGCAGACUGUUCAGGUUUUAUUGCUCCGAUUUUGUUGAACAAACUUGUUGGCUUUAUUGAAGAUAAAAGUGAACCACUUUAUUAUGGAUAUUUAUACGCAUCUGCAAUGUUUCUCUCUUCUGUUAUCGGAGCAUUCACAACAGCACAUUUCACGUAUUGGAUGAGUCUCGUCGGAUUGAAAAUCCGCAGUGCAAUAGUUACUCUAGUUUACCGCAAAAUUCUGCACUCUUCAAGCGUAAAAUUAAACCAAGAAUUUACUAUGGGAGAAAUAGUUAAUUUUAUGAGUACAGACAGCGACAGAAUUGUCAACAGUUGUCCUAGCUUUCAUACACUUUGGAGUAUUCCUCUGCAACUGGUCGUAACUCUUUAUCUUCUUUACACACAAAUUGGAAUUUCAUUUCUCGCCGGUGUCAGCUUUGCUAUCAUUUUGAUACCUAUAAAUAAAUACAUUGCCAAUAAAAUAGGUAUACUCAGUACCAAGAUGAUGAAGUUCAAGGACCAGAGGGUGCGACUAGUUGGAGAAACUUUGCGAGGCAUGACUACUAUUAAAUUAAAUGUGUGGGAGGAACAUUUUUUGCGUAGUAUUUUACAUCUUAGAGAAAGUGAAAUAAGGUAUUUGAAAGGCCGUAAAUAUUUAGAUGCUCUGUGUGUAUAUUUUUGGGCAACGACGCCUGUGUUAAUUUCUAUCCUUACUUUUUCAACUUAUGUUCUUCUUGGAAAUUCAUUGGACGCUAAAACUGUAUUUACGAGUAUGGCAUUAUUAAACAUGCUAAUCGGACCUUUGAAUGCUUUUCCAUGGGUACUGAAUGGUCUUACAGAGGCAUGGGUUUCAGUGAAGCGUAUCCAAAGACUAUUAGAUUUAACAGAUCUGGAAACUUCAACUUACUAUUCAGAUCCUCCUUCAGGAAUUGAUGUUCUGCUGAAAAAUGUAACAUUUUCUGUAAAUGGAUCACCAGACAAAAAUUUUUCAGACGAAGAAAACUUAGAUGAAAUAUUACCGUACCCGUCGACGUCUCAAGAAACAAAAACAGUAACUUUCGCAACUGACAGGGCGUUUACUUUGAAAAAUCUUAAUGUAGAAAUAAAAAGAGGCCAACUGAUUGGUGUGAUGGGAAAAAUUGGUGGAGGAAAAUCGCUGAUGUUAGACGGAAUUUUGGCUGAAAUAACAAAAUUAAACGGAAUCGUUGCGAUAAGUGAGCUGGACAAAGGAUUCGGAUACGUAAAACAGAAUCCUUGGCUUCAACGCGGAACCAUUCGAGAUAACAUUUUAUUCGGCAAAAACUAUGAGUACAAUAAAUACAAAAAAGUUCUCAAAGCAUGUGCAUUGACAGAAGAGCUGAUGAGUCUUCCUAAAAAAGACAUGACAGGAAUUGGCGAAGCUGGUAGUACCUUGAGUGGUGGUCAAAAAACCCGGAUAUCUUUGGCUCGCGCUGUUUACGCUGAUAAAAAUAUUUACCUAUUAGAUGACAUUUUAGCGACGCUGGAUACUAAAGUCGCUAAAUACAUCUUUCAAAAUGUAAUUCUUGGUCUACUGAAAAAUAAAACCCGGAUACUGUGUGCUCACCAGACGCAGUAUCUAAUUCACGCCGACUUGGUAAUAGAGAUGGCUAAAGGAAAAAUAAUAAAACAAGGACCUCCAAAUAAAGUACUGCGUGAUUUCGAGGACUAUUUACUGUCAUCAGAAUCGUCAGACAAAUUAGAAGUAGAAUCAAUAACAAAUUCUUCUAAAGACUUGAUUGAAAUAGAAGAUUAUCACGGUGUCAGUGACUCACUCUUGGAAGAAGAAUCUGUUGAGCAAGGGACUGUGAGAAUCGGAGUAUACGGCGCCUAUUUAACUGCCAUUGGGCGUUCAUUGAGUAUCUCGAUAUUCUUAGCGAUGCUCUUGAUGCAGAGCUCGAAGAAUGUCACCGAUCUCUGGCUCUCAUUCUGGGUCACUCACUCCAACGUGUCAGUCAACCACUCGACAAUUUCUCCUCCCAGAGAAUUACUUCAAGCAUUUUUCGAUGCUGAUAAUACUGUUAAAUAUUAUCUAACGAUCUACGGGAUUUUGGCUUCUGUAAAUUCGAUCUUCACACUCAUCCGCGCGUUUAUGUUCGCUUACGGGGGUGUCCACGCAGCCAUAGUAAUCCACAAGCAAUUAUUGAGAGUAAUAAUGCGUGGCCGAACGAGUUUUUUUGACUCCCAGCCUCUGGGAAGAAUAUUAAAUCGUUUUUCAUCAGACACUUACACAGCAGACGACUCACUUCCAUUCAUCGCAAAUAUACUAUUAGCCCAAUUUUUUGCACUAAUCGGUACCAUAAUCGUCACCGCCUACGGUUUACCAUGGAUAUUUUUAAUACUAGCCCCGCUGGUCCCAAUCUAUCACUGGAUACAAAAUCACUAUAGACUUACGUCUCGAGAAUUAAAACGACUAGGAAGUACUUCCCUGUCGCCUCUCUACGCUCACUUCAAUGAAACUCUCCAAGGUUUGAAUAGUAUCAGAGCAUUUCGCGUGGUGCCGCGAUUCAAGCAUCAAAACGAAUUAUAUUUAGAAGCUAAUCAAAAAGCGAGUUUCGCAUCAAUUGCUGCUGGUCAAUGGUUAGGACUAAGAUUGCAAUUUAUUGCCAUUGCACUCCUGGGCGGUGUCUGCGUGAUGGCAGUCUUGCAGCAUCAAUUUGACGUUGCAGAUCCAGGAUUAAUUGGUCUUGCAAUCACGUAUGCAUUGUCAGUUACGGGACUUUUGUCUGGCGUGGUAAACGUUUUUACAGAAACAGAACGAGAAAUGAUAUCAGUCGAACGGAUUAAACAGUAUCUGGACAAUGUCCCGACUGAAAAUUCAGCUGGUGAUAGUCCUCCUUACGCUUGGCCUAGUCAGGGUGUCGUUGAAUUCAAAGAAGUUGUUCUCAAGUAUCGAGAACACUUGGCGCCGUCGUUGAACAAAAUUUCCUUCAUGACGAGACCUUCGGAAAAAAUAGGAAUCGUUGGACGCACUGGUGCAGGAAAAAGCUCUAUAUUUAAUUGCUUAUUUAGGCUAGUGGAAAUUGACGACGGUGAAGUACUUAUUGAUAAUGUUAAUGUUAAAAUCUUGCAAUUGAAUGCUUUGAGGUCACGUCUAUCGAUUAUACCGCAAAAUCCAUUUAUAUUUUCUGGUACGGUGCGUGAAAAUAUUGAUCCGCUUGAUCAGUACCCGGAUACUCAAAUUUAUAAAGCACUUGAAAAGUGCAAGCUCAGUAAUUUAGUUCAUAGAUUCGGUGGAUUAGGUGCGAUGCUGGAAGAAAAUGGAAAUAACUUGAGUGCUGGACAGAAGCAACUUUUUUGUUUAGUCAGGGCGUUAUUGCACAAUGCUAGAAUACUUUGCAUUGAUGAAGCAACGGCAAAUGUUGAUCCAGAUACUGACAAAGCUAUACAGUCAACAAUAAAGUCUUCCUUUAGAAGUGCCACUGUUAUUACUAUAGCUCAUCGUAUACGGACCAUUAUGCAUUGUGAUAGAGUAUUAGUUAUGGAAGGUGGUCUAGUACAAGAAUUCGAUGAACCAAACGUAUUAUUAGACGACGUCCAUUCAUAUUUUUAUAAGCUCGCUAAUCAAGAAUUUUCUGAAAAUGAAUAAUGUAAUUAAUUGUAAAGAAUCAAAGACUUGUAAAUAUUUUU